AUGCCUCUUCAGAAGUCCUUCUCUGAGACUAAUCAUUCAGGAAAAGAGAACCACUCUCGACAGCCGUGGCAGAGGAAUAAGAAUUACCAGAACCAACAACAAAAGCCCAAAGUUCCCGUGAAACCAUUAGCAGAGAAACCGCCGGUACCUGUUUCUACAACCACGAAGAAUAUACUUAGCAACUUUCAAUAUCGAGAACAACCUGGGAAGGGAGAUGAUUCGAAAGAGGUUAUAAAUUUAGUAUCAUCGGAGACGGAUAGUAGAAUUGCCACGCCUUCCAAUAGGCGGCGGCAGGGUUCAUCAAAAGAUGAGAAGAGUUCUGUAGAAGAAGAUGUCUUUCUUGACGAUUCUACUUCGGCAGAUGUACCUUCAACGCCCUCAAUGGGGUUUGAUCCCACACAGAAUGCGGAUUUCAGACGACCAUUUAAAGCAGUAUCACCUGACGAUCGUAUAAUUUGGGAUACGAAUAAGGAUAGUCAACAACUACCUGAACCAGAGAGCGGCAAAUUGGGAAAGAGGAAGAGGGGCGAUAAUGAUGUUGGCAGGGCACAGAGUUCUUCACCUAUACUAGGUCAUUCUUCGCAAGCAGAUUCUUUUCCUAGGCCGGGGCCAGAAGUCGAGGUAUGGAUGAAAUUGGGUCAGACUAAGGACAUUAAGCUCUCGCGAAUUAUGGAAAACGCAUCUCCGCAAUCAUCGAGGGAAGGAAAUACACCUAGAGGAUUGACUAGAUCAAGAAGUCUUGGCAAUCCAUUGAAACCCAAGAGACACCAACCCAGCAGGAUAGGAAACAGUAGAGAUAUCGAUACGCCGGGUUUGAUGAGGAGAUUGCAGGAAGAUUAUAAGGCAAAGGAAAUUUCUAGUGGUCCUUCCAGCUCAUCACCUCUUCCCGAUAAAGGUCAUUUUCAAUUUGAAGGACCAAGUUCUCCAUUGGGUGGAAAAGGAACUGAGAAGAGGACAUCGCCCUUAAAAAGGAGACUCGAGCCGCCCUCCUCACCAAGUACGAAUGUUGAAUCUCAUGUUGCUUUACCGAGUCCAAAAAGACCUGCCACUGCCGAGUCAGAUUAUGGUUCCGAUGAUGGUCUAGACGAAAUUGGUGGAAUGAUACUUUCAGCUAUUGAAUCACAAUCGCAGGCUCCUUCAGCUUCAAUGUCACGACCACUACCGCCGAAAACAUAUGAAUCGCCAAUUAAGCCCAGAGCUCACUCUACGUAUAAACCCCAGAUUGUAUCCAGAAGUCCUGACCCGUCGAAAGCAUUGGAGGACGACAGUAGCGACGAAUUUGGUGAAGGUUUGGACGAUGAUGAUUUCGAUGCUGCAUUUGCAGGAUCAGCUCCGGUAGAUGAUGUGGAACUUCCACCUUCAAGGCCGAGAGGUGCAGCAGCUAGAAAGGAGGAGUCCGAUGAUGAAUAUGGCGACGAUAUAGACGAUUCAGAUUUUGCGGCCGCAGAGAUAGCAGCAACGCAGUCACUAAAACAAUCAACAAAUAGCUUAAUGCCUUCUAUGGAAAAAGUUCGCGCAAUCCAAAGAUAUCUUGUCACCAUGAUAGAUGAUAAUCAGUAUGAAGGUGUUAAUGGUAGAAUGCAACCAGAAAAGAUACUCUAUCUUCAACCUGAACGCUCAAAAAUCAAAAGAAUGGUGUGUCUCAGAGGCACCUGGAUUGAUACUCCUGUGACCACAAAGGCUUUUGUUCAUAUCAUUGGCAAGUUUGAUGCACAGGGAAUUUGUGUCAUAGAUGAUAACUCUGGCUUGAUCAUUCUUCACCCGGACCAUCUUAUCUCUGCGCUUGUAGUAGCGGAUUCUUUCGGGUGUACUCGUCGUGCAGUUCUUCAAGAUAGGGUCAAAGCCACUGGUGAAGCAUCUCCAGCUAUGCUUUAUGGAACAAUCCUUCAUGAGAUAUUUCAAGCUGCAAUGCUUGUCAAUCGCUGGGAUAGGAUGUUUCUUGGCGAGCUUAUUGAUAAGCUUGCUCAAAGACAUCUCGAAGACUUGUAUGUUAUCAAGGUUGAAAUACCCCAGGCUGUAGAACAUCUACAUAGUAAAAUGGGAGAAUUACAAGCAUGGGCAGAAUUGUUUGUGUCGUCCCAACCAAAGCCUGGAGCUCUAGUAAAAGCUGGAAAUGGUGAUGCUGUGGCUAUGUGCGUCAGUAAUCUUCUCGAUGUUGAGGAGCACGUUUGGUCUCCAAUGUAUGGUCUCAAAGGUAACAUUGAUGCUACGGUGCAAAUCACAAUGAGAGACGAAAAAGGGCAAAGAACUCUCACCGCACCCUUUGAGGUCAAGACCGGCAAGAAUCCCAGUGUUGCCAACCGUGCACAAACAGCGCUUUACAAUCUUCUCAUAUCUGAUCGAUAUGAUGUUGAGAUUGCUUAUGGGAUUUUGUACUACAUGGAAACUUCGGAGACCAUUAGAAUUCCUGCCAUUCGUCAUGAGCUUCGCCACAUGAUCAUGCAGCGGAAUGAGCUCGCGUGUUUUGUCCGUGAAAAAAAUGCUCAACUUCCACCAAUGCUCAAAAAGGAGAACAUGUGUGGAAGAUGUUAUGCGAAGAAUACCUGUUUCAUUUAUCACAAGCUGGCUGAUGAUGGAACUGGAGAGACAAGCGGUAUGAAGGAGAAGUUUGAUGAAGUAGUUAAGCAUCUUACUCCAAAGCAUAAAGAGUUCUUCCUCAAAUGGGAUGAUCUUCUUACGAAAGAAGAGAAAGAUUCCUUGAAGUUUCGUCGAGAACUAUGGACUAUGUUGAGCUCAGAGCGAGAGAAGCUUGGUCGAUGUUUCUCGAACGUUAUAAUUGAGGAAGGAUCGGCAUAUGAAGAUCAGAACAAUGAGAAGAUCAAUCGAUAUCGAUACACCAUGAUCAAACCAAAAAAUACCGCAGCUCCCGGGUUCUCCUUCAUGGACUCUCAGAUAAUAGUAGGAGAGCCAAUUGUUAUCUCAGAUGAAAAGGGCCAUUUUGCUCUCGCCAAAGGUUACGUUACGAACGUACGCAAGAACAGGAUUACAGUCGCUGUUGAUCGACGUUUACACAAUGCCCGCAUUAGACAACCCGGAUUCGAUGAGAUUAAUAAUCAGGUCUUUGCUAGUAUCAUGGAAGUCGCUGCUGAAGGAUCUACACCAGCUGACUCUAUUGGGAAAAUCAAAGAGGAUCCAAUUCUUUAUCGUCUCGAUAAAGAUGAAUUCAGUAAUGGUCUUGCUACCGUUCGGAAUAACCUCAUCCAGAUCAUGACCGAAGGUCCAUUUGGAUCACGCGAAAUCCGAAGUCUAGUCGUUGAUCUCAAUCCUCCUCAGUUCAAACCGCAUUCCACUCAGUAUACACUCAAAGAUCGGUCUUGUAUCAAUGUGGAUCAACGCCGUGCUAUCGAAAAAGUCAUGUCCGCACAGGAUUAUGCUUUAGUACUUGGUAUGCCUGGUACUGGAAAAACUACAACUAUUGCUCAUAUCAUCCGAGCUCUUGUUUCGCAAGGGAAAUCCGUUCUCCUCACUUCUUACACUCAUACAGCUGUAGACAAUAUCCUUCUGAAACUUCGCGAUGACUCAAUCCCGAUCCUGCGUCUAGGCACUAAAGCUAAGAUCCACCCCGAUGUUCAAGAAUUUGCCAAACUCGCUGUGGAUCCUAAAGAAACCAUGGAAGAAAUUCGAAGUGUCUGGCAUGGCACACCAAUUAUUGCCACGAGUUGCCUCGGUAUCAACCAUCCCAUCUUCAACGAACGUACAUUCGACUACUGCAUAGUAGAUGAAGCUUCUCAAAUUACACUACCCGUCUGUGUUGGUCCCAUUCGCCUCGCUCGCACAUUCAUCCUUGUGGGAGACCACAACCAACUCCCCCCCUUGGUUAAAGACGAAGAAGCCCGCAAAGGAGGUCUAGAUAUCUCUCUCUUCAAAUAUCUCUCCGACGCCCAUCCUCAAAGCGUCGUCUACCUCGAACAUCAAUACCGCAUGAAUGCCGACGUAAUGGCUCUCUCCAAUACACUCAUUUACAACGGUCGUCUUAAAUGCGGUAGCACUUCUGUCGCUAAUCGUAAGAUAGUUAUUCCCGAUAUGGACGCUUUGAAAGCAAAUCAUCACACACCCAGUAGUAUCUUACACAGUACACAAAAAUCCAUUUGUCUCGAACCGAAAAAGGGAAGAUGCUGGUUACGCGAUCUCUUGGAUCCGGAUGUUACCGUAGCAUUCGUUGAUACUGAUGGUCUCGGCGAAAUAGCGCGGGAAAGUGAAAAGGGAAAUCGAACUGUAAAUGACGUAGAAGCCAGAAUCGUAACACAACUUGUUACUUCUCUCAUAGCAGUCGGUAUCGAUCCUACGGAGAUAGGGGUCAUGACGCAUUACCGCUCCCAGUUAGCUUUACUUAAAGAUAGUCUCCGUACCGCUAAAGGUGUGGAGAUGCAUACUGCAGAUAGGUUUCAAGGGAGAGACAAGGAGGUCAUUGUGUUGAGCUUAGUGAGAAGUAAUGAGGGUGGAAAUAUUGGGGAGUUGUUGAAGGAUUGGAGGAGGAUUAAUGUGGCUUUCACCAGAGCGAAGACGAAGUUGUUAGUUGUGGGUAGUAGAGGGACGCUAAAAGGGAAGGGGGAGAAUGAUGGAGGAGACAGAAAGGAAGAAAUGGUGAGCAGAUUUGUUAGGUUGAUGGAGGAGAAGAAGUGGGUUUAUGAGUUGAAGGAAGAGCAGUUGAUGGGACAUUGGUGGGAGGUGUCGGGGACUGCGACGCAGGGGAGUGUAGGAUUGUCGCAGUGGGUUAAGGUAGAGAAGGAUAUGGGGAAGAGAAAGAAACUUGAUUUGAUGGAUAUCGAGGGAGACGAAGAUGGAGACAAGGAAAACGCGCGAAUGGGCGUGAUGCCCACCAAAAAAGAACCGAUGGCUGCGAAGAGCAGUAAAGGAAAACACCAGCCUAAGAGGAUUAAAGGAGGUUUAGCGAUGAAUAAUGGGAAUAUAAGGCAAGGAAGCGUUUUGAUGGAUUUGGUUAACAAUAUGUCAUGA